AUGAUAUACCAGCUAACUCCAGAAGCACCAAAGGGUAAGAAAAAUGUAAGAACCAAAGCAGAAUUUAUUAAAAAGAUUCAAAGCUCUACUUCUGAAAGCAAAGAAAUGAAGUUCCGGGUACAAAAGAAAGAUUCAUCUAAAUAUGAAGAUGGUGAGGCAAAAAAGAUUUUAAGUGAAAAGCACAGAACAUCUUUAAGCAGUUCUGUAAAGUCUCCAUUUGUUUGUGAGGAUUUUGAGACUCAUAGUGCAGAUGAUUCAAUUAUAUAUCGACGACAUUCAUCUAGUUCGUAUUCCAGCACUUGUAUGAGUCCUAGGCGGCUUAGUGAUGUAGAUUCAGGUGGCACACAAUACACUGCAAGGACUGCACUAAUAGUAGAAAAGGGAAACAAAAUUUCAGAUGAUAAUAACAAACAAACAUCAGACACAUUUAUGGCUGAUCCUAUAAAUAUAACUAACAGUGAAAUUAUUAAUAGGGAUGAUUGCUUAUCUAUUAAGGAAAAGCUUAACUCAAAAUUAUCCCUUGCCUUGAAUAAACGAAAACGAGAAAAUAGCAACAAUGAUAAGCCACCAAAGCAAAAGAAGAAAGGACCUAGAUAUAACAUUGAGGUUCUUAAGGAAUUUGAACAAGCUCUAAUAUGUGUUGAUGGAAGAAAAGACAUUUCAGUAACAUUGGUUACAUCCCAAUGUGGCAUGUUGUGCUCGUCAUUAGACUUUAGACCACUAUUGGAAGAUGAUGAGAAAAAGAGGGCUACAAAUGCAUGUGAAAUUGCUGAUUCAGUAAGGUUGUCCGUCUAUAUAAACAUCUGCACUGCAUGGUUCGAUAUAAAAACACAAAACGACGCAAUAGGUUUAGUGGGCCUCCAUGAUUUGGAUACUCUUUAUGCUUUCAUGAUAAAAAAUCAACUGCAGAAUGUUCAAUUAGUACUCAGGAACUGUCAAGACAAUUUCACUAUUUCAAAUCUUUUGAAGAAACAUAUUUCUUAUCAAUUGAACACCAGUUGUAAAUUCGAUUCAGCACAUUUGGAGGCCUCUUUGAGGACGAUGAAUGAAUUAAAGUCGUCGGAAUUAUCGAAUGAAAGUGUAUUUACUUUGAGAAUAUUACAAACGUUCUGUGAAACAUUCAAUUACAAGUUUCAAAAAAUAGAAGAUAAAUUACCACUGUCUUUACUUACCAGCAUUCCACAUAAAUGA